GAUAAAUAUUAAAAAGCGGAUUUUAAUAUAAUAAAAUGUUUACUUGGUAAUUAUAAAAAAAAUAUACAUAUUUUUUGAUAUGUAGACAAUUUCAUAUUUUACUACAAAAUGUCUAAGCUUUUUUGUGUUGCUUUACGUUUAAAGUGUAACUCUUCUAUUCUCCAAGCUUUAUUUUAUUCGUCACAACCGCAGCAAGAAUGUAAAAAAAGUCUAGGUAAAGUCGUUAAUGUAGCAAUAAUUGGAGCGCCAAAUGCAGGAAAGAGUACAUUAAUAAAUAAGAUCUUAGAGAGGAAAAUAUGUGCUGCAUCCAAUAAAGUACAUACAACUACCAAAUUAACCCGAGCUCUUUGUUAUGAAAAUAAUACUCAAAUUGUAUUUUUGGAUACUCCUGGUAUUGUUACUGAAAAAGAACAAAAGAGAUAUAAAUUACCGGAAUCUAUGCUUGCCGCAUGUCAAAAGAGCUUAAGAUGUGCAGAUGUAAUAGGAGUUGUACAUGAUGUUUCAAAUAAAUGGACAAAAGAUAGAUUACAUAAUGAUGUUGUUAAUAUGCUGGAAAUGGUCAAAGAUAUACCUAGUUUUUUAAUUAUAAACAAGGUGGAUAUGUUAAAGUCUAAGAAACAAUUAUUAACUGUCAUAAGCAACCUCACAAAUGGUAUCAUUGCUGGUAGUAAAAUACCUAAUGCAAAUAAAAAUAGGAAGACCCAAGAAAAGGCACAAGGUCACAGUCACUUCUCUGAUGUCUUCUUGGUAUCUGCUCUUAAUGGAGAUGGUGUAUUAGAUAUAAAGCAAUAUCUAAUUAAUAAUGCUAAACUACGUUACCUGCAUUACGAUCCAUCAGAAUGGACCGAUCAGACGCCGGAAAUAUUAAUAGAAGAAGCUGUGAGAGCGAAAUUCAUGGACUUUCUUACCCAAGAAAUUCCUUAUACCUUAACCACGAAGUUGGAAUAUUUUGACGAUGUUGCAGAAGAAGAUAAAAUUAUGUGUUCCGUUUCAGUUGAAUGUCCCACAGAAAGAUUAGUCAGGUUAAUUAGUGGGGCUGGGGGAGGCCGGCUGCAACAAAUCAAAUCCCACGUUAGAAAUGAUUUAGUGGACAUGUUUAAAAAGCCCGUCGUCAUAGAUAUCCAAUUAAGAGUAAAAAAUAAAGCCACAUCAGAACAAACUAUUUAAUAACCUGUUAAUGUCAUCAUAUUUGUUAUUUUUGUGAUUAGUAAAGAAUAUACA